AACUCCACAUUGUAUUUCUCUCAAACCUCAAUGGCCCAACAAGAUGCAGGAAAAGCAGAGGUUGGUUUCAGCAUCUCCAGAGGCGCACAGAGAGGAAAGAAGAAGGGAUAUUGGCUUCUUUUGUUGCUAAGGUUGGUUGCUUUCAUGGCCACCGCAUCCGCAACCAUCGUGAUGGCACUCAACAAACAGACCAACACCUUCGUGGUUGCAACCAUUGGCAACACUCCACUCAAAGCCACUCUUACUGCCAAGUUUCAACACACCCCUGCAUUCGUGUUCUUUGUGGUAGCUAAUGGUAUGGCCAGUCUCCAUAGCUUGACGAUGAUACUUGUAGAGCUUUUUGGGCACAAGAUUGAUUACAAGGGACUCCGCCUCGCAAUCAUUGCCAUUUUGGACAUGAUGACGGUGGUUCUGGCGUCGGCCGGUGAUGGGGCAGCGACGUUCAUGGCAGAAGUAGGGAAGAAUGGAAAUUCUCAUGCAAGGUGGAACAAGAUAUGCGACAAGUUCCAUACAUUUUGCGACCAUGGAACUGGGGCCCUCCUCGCCUCCUUCAUUGGCCUCCUCUUCCUUUUGAUCAUCAACGUCAUCUCUAUUACCAAACUUCACAUCCCCAAAUCCACCAAUUAUGUUGGAGUCCCUUGAUUCAUCCACUGCUCCUGCGACCACUGGAUCCUUUCUCCAUUCUCCAAUUCUCCAUUCUCUACCUACCAUUUUGUGUCUACUGUGUUUGCUUAAUCUCUACUUUAAUGCUAUGUCAACCUCGUUUGGUUCACUGGUUGUAAUCCAAAUUUUAGUUUUUU